AUGGUCUCUAAUCGCCACAACGCAUCUCUGACUUCGUCCGAGAAGAAGCGCCUGCGGGACAGGAGAGCGCAGAAGAACCUGCGCGAUAAGCGGGAAAGCCGUAUCAAAGCGCUCGAAGAACGCGUCGAGUACUGCGAGAAGCACCAUGCGGGUGUCUGGAUGCAGAAACUGCUGACGACUGUAGAGAGCCUACAUCGGGAAAACGAGUUGCUGCGCGCCCGUCAGGAACGGUUGCGGAAGAUGGUGAUGUUGUGGGAGACUGAUGAGGUUGAACCCGCCUCGACUUCGCUGGCGGUGCAGCAGCUCCGUCGCUCAAUAGAUGGUGGGAGGGGGCUUCUGGCUGCUGAUUACUUCGAACCUGAGAAGGGAUUGUCGUUUACUCCUGACGUGGUCCUGAACAACACUCCAGCUGGCAAUCCUGAUCAGAUUACGGGUUUGACUCUGAAAUAUGCUGCAGAUCGCACGAGUGUGAUAAUUCCUGUCAACCCUUUGGAAGAUAUUCGUGCCACUGUGCCAAACAUCUCUUCAGCCAUUCGGCUGCCUGGGCUGCCCGCUUGUUCCCCCGUCCAAGCUCUACCCAGUGCCGUUCCCGCACGGUGUCUGAUCCCCAUGAAUGAGUAUGGAAACGAUCCAGCCUUGAUGCCGGCAAGCGCACCCUGGCUUGGACGCUCAGAUCUGAUUGCCACAUGCCCACCCGAACCGUGUCCGCUGGACCUACUGCACGGGACCCGCCGCAACUGGCUAGCCAACGAGAUCCACCGCGCCAUCCGACGCCGUGCGAUUCGCGACGCAGAAUGCCUCGCAUUUGGUUGGCUUGCCUACGUCUACAGCAAAUGGCGUGUUUCUCCAAAUUCCACGACCUUUGCCCGCUUGGCACCUUUCCAGCAACCCGUCAUGACACAGAUCCAGCAAAGCCACCCCACAGCCCUGGACAUAAUUAUCUGGCCCCAGCUUAGGGCGAAUAUCAUAAGAAAUUGGACCAACUACGACUUCGUGGAACUCACUGGGUAUCUGGGCGCGUGCACCAAGGUGCGCUGGCCCUGGGGGAAGGAUAUGCUGGAACGUGAUGCUAAUGACAAUCUGCAAAUGCGUCGGGAGUUUUUUGACGUUUUUACCUGUGAGAGUGGAUGGGGUCUUACCUCGGAGUUUAUCGAUCGAUAUCCGGAGCUGAUGGAGGGUAUUGAUAUUGAGGCUUUACGCUUUCGGAUGAUUCUGCCAAAUGAGCCUGAAUGA